AUGAAUCCGUUAACAUUGCCAACUUCUUCCAUUGCUGUCAUCUGUAUUCUCAUCUUCUGUGUGCUUGCUGCCAGUCAGUCCACCAACACCGAACCCUGCGAAUACGACCUGGACCUCACCAAAAACACGGUGAAGAUCACAUGUCAAGGGUCACCAUCUGUGGUGAACGUGUACGCGGAGAAGGCGCUGCUUCAGGCUGACGAAAGCAUGAUGAACCGCUUCGCAGAGAACCCCCUGGCCAAUUCAAUGAUGGGUGGAGGAUCAGGCACCGACAGCCAAUCAACUGGAGCCAAACAACCAACGGAGGGUAGCUCUUCUAACAAACCUGGUGCCUCAAGUGGCGGAGAACAAGGCACUUAUCAAAGGGACCGACAAGACAUGGCGUCCAAGCAUGUCGGAUCCUUCUCUGACGUUGUAUGGAACGCUACAUUAAAGCUGGACAAGGCGAAGCAGACGCUUCUCACCUACUCGCAUUCCAUUAGGAACAUCUCGAUGAAGCUGAGCGAGGGGGAUCUGUUGCUGAGAGCAGAUAUGGAGAAACUAAGAAGAACCAGCAACUCUGCCACUGAUCUGAAAGGCGGAAUCAUCGCGGCCAUGACCAACCAGUACAACUUCAUGAGGAGCGCUUUGUUGGCCAGGAACUACGAGCUGGAGAAGUUGGUCUCCUCGUUAACGGUUCUGGUUGAGGUUACAUCUGAUGGACUCCAUUCAGCCCUGAUGGCGCAUAGGAUGACCAUGGAUGAG